AUGUUCGGCGAUCCCGUCCGUCCAGCUCCCGCGUUUGCGGUGGCGGCGGUGCGGAAUGCACAGGAGAAUAUGCGGACAAAAUUACAGCGGAUGGAAAGCACGUCUCUCGCCGGAAGCAUGCCGACAAAAACGUGGGCGACGGCAAUUCCCCCGUUGCCCGGCAAUCGUCCCGCAGCCACCAACGCGGCGGGCCAAAAAAAAGAAUUUCUGGGGGCGAACAUCGACUCCUGCCCGCAGUUUCAGCGGUUACGCGGCACGGCGAGGGAGGACCGUCACGAAAAAAUUUUCAGGCGGACACAAGAGGCGAAACGUGCGGAAGAACUACGGCAACGGCAGGCCCUCCUCUCGCAGAGUGUGACGAUGAAUGACUACUACAACACGUUGUUCCGGCCGCUGCAAAAACGCGACUUUUCGACGACACUCAACUCGGCUUGGUCCGCCACCGGCAACUUGCCGGCCCCUGUUGGGGGGUCCUUACGAACCCGUGACGUCGUGCUGAAUGACUUGGAGGAGUCUUUCAUUGCAUGCUACUACAAAAUGCACCCCGCCGCGCUGCAGCGCAAAAAGGAAUUGGAAGAGGCGGAGGAGCAACGACGGCGGUCCGUACGCGCCGCAGCACAAAUCUCCUCUUUCAGUGGUGGUUUGCCACGCUCAAGGAGCAUCACACUGCCGCGCGGCCAAAAAGGUUCUCCUAAAAAGAAGAAUCAGAAGGGGAAAAAAGAAGAACAACCAAAAGAGGGGGCUCCGGCAGCAAAUCUGCGUAUCCUGCUGGAGGCAUUGUUAGAGGCAUCCGACGAUCGAGGCCUGAUUACAUUUGACACUUUCAUUGCGGUAUUAAAACGUCCACCGUUUGACGUAAAAGACGAUGAGGCUCUUGAGGCGCUCUUCUUUCUUGUGCAGACGUCAUCGACGGCGGAGGUUGGCGGGAGUGAGACGGAGCGCCGCCUCGAUGGGUCGUUCAGCGUGAGCGCCGUUCUCCCACGUGCACGAAGGAAGAGUGCAUCUCAACACACGUCGCAUGUUUUGGUAACAGGAACGUCUGCGACAUUGGGACCCCCCAGUCCUCUCACGAGUACCGGUACGUUGCCAGCAAGCUUACGCCGUUCAGCGACGGGUCCGGGUGCAAGUCAAUCGAUCAGUCGUCGUGCCGCCUUCACUUCGCGUGCAAACAAAGGUGCCACCACGUCUAUGACAACAAUUACACUGGGAACUGCCGCCGCGUCUGAAGUUAUUUGUUCUCCGUCGGUUCGUGUACGAGAAAUACUGGCGGCGAUAGAUGCUAUAAUCAACGGCCCUGAGAUGCGCGAGGCGGUGCGAUCGGUUUGCUUUGGUGUAUUGGAGAACGAUGGGUUUAUACACAAGGCAACUCUGCACACAAUACGUCUUUUUCGCCGUGAGAACUGCGAGGGGAAAGACGCGGUGGUGACACCCUCCAUUGUGAAGGCGCUUGGCGAUGCGAUGGAGUUGAUGCUGCAGGAAGAGGAGGCGGAAUACCUGCGCUCACAGAUGAAAGGAAAGCGCCGUGCGAAGGCUGGCAAGGCGCCUGCGCUUCUUGCGCACCAGAAGUCAGCCAUUCCGCUGCACAUGAUGCGUCGCUCGCACAUCAAUUUGAAGGAAUUUAGCCGAUUUUUUGAUGAGCUGCCGAUGAUUGCCGCAGCCUUUACACAUGUAUGGCUUCCCGCAAUUUUUGCCUUAUCAUGGCCCUCUGUAAAGAGGUCGUUCACAUCCGAGUCCAACGAUGACGGAAUGCCGGGCGACGAUGAAGAAAACCACAACAACAACGCGGAGGAUGGGGUUGUGGACGAGUUCCACGCCUGGCGCCGUAAUACAGCCCGGCGGGUCGUGACAGAAAGGCUGGAAUACAUGAAACCAGCAUCCAUCACCGAAAGUGAUGUCGUGUCGCAGCGGUAG